GACUAUCAAUUUCCAAGAUGGCAGCGCCCAUGGCACUUUGUCGGUCUUGUUUUCGGCAUUUUUCUAAACCUACUUUUGCAGUAAGAUACUUCCGUACAAGUAGAUGUGCUUCGAGUAAAACUUCUAAUGAUGAUGGUGAUUAUUUGGGAGGGAGGGAAACCCACUUUGGAUUCGAGGCUGUGACAGAAUCGGAGAAAACAAGGAAAGUAUAUGAAGUCUUCAAGAAUGUUGCAGGGAACUACGACACUAUGAACGAUGCAAUGAGCCUGGGUAUCCACAGGUUAUGGAAAGACAGGUUCAUGCAGGUUCUGAAACCAUCUCAGGGAACGAGGUUGCUGGAUGUAGCUGGUGGAACAGGGGACAUUGCCUUCCGUUUCAUGGACUUCAUCAGAAACGCCCAACUCAACAGCAUCUCUUCUGCAAGGCAAACCAGGGUGCAGCACGCCGACAACAGCUCAUCGUCCGACUCUGAAAGUUCAUCCUCUGACUCAGACUCUGACCGUGUUCCAGAUAAGGAGAGGUCUGGAUGGAGGGAUGACACGAGGGUGACUGUCUGUGACAUCAACCUGUCAAUGCUGCAGGUCGGACAGCAGAGAGCAGAAGAAAGGGGCUUGACAGAAGGUAUUUCAUGGGUUGUUGGCAAUGCAGAGGAGCUGCCCAUCGCAAGCGAGUCAAUGGAUGCAUACACCAUAGCAUUUGGCAUACGAAAUGUCACACAUAUUGAAGAGGCUCUCAGUGAGGCACACAGAGUACUUGUUCCUGGAGGACGCUUCAUGUGCUUGGAGUUCAGCCAAGUCAGUAACCCACUGCUUAGAAGUUUAUACGACAGCUACUCCUUCCAAGUUAUACCCGUUCUUGGACAAGUCAUAGCAUCAGACUGGAAGUCAUAUCAGUAUCUUGUGGAGAGCAUCAGACAAUUUCCAAACCAGGAGGAGUUUGCAGCAAUGAUCCGAGAUGCAGGAUUCUCAAUGGUAACUUAUGAAAACCUUUCAGUCGGGAUUGCUGCCGUACACUCUGGUUUUAAAUUAUGAGACUGGAAAUAUUUUUUUUUUAACUGUCAACAACUUGUUAGUCAAUUGAAACAAGUUUUAUUGCACAACAAUAAUAGCAGGCUAAAAAUAUCACAUUUUUAUGGAAAACCAUCAAUUAUCCAAACAUCAGAAACACAUUGCAUUGCAAUAACAUUAUGGCUGGAACUUGUUGGAAUAGUAUCAGGAUUCAUUUAGGAAUACAUGUAUAAUGAUUGAACAAUACUUUCAAAGAAAAAGUCAGUGAUGUGUGUCUAUUCUAAAUUGCUAUUAUUGGAAAAGUGGCACCUAGAUUGGUAUAAGAGCUUUGAAAGUUUGAAUUUCAAAAUGCUAAUUUGGACUACAGUUGUGGCAACUAUAAAUAUACCUUUCUGAGACAAUUACAUUUUUUAAAGUAUUUAUAAAGAAAUUCAUUGUUUUCAAGUUUUUUUAAAUUUUAAUCUAAGACGUCAGGAAUUAACAAAGGAUUACCAUUCCGCAUUUAGAAACUAAAUCCUGUGAACUCUGAAAACAAAGCAAGGUUAGAUCUAUAAGCUGACAUGAAUUUUAUGAACUCAUCUUAGGAAUUUACAAAGGGCUAAUUUGAGGAACAAAUUACGAAAGACCCAAAUCUUGGAAUGAAUGUUUUUUUUUAGUAAACCUGAAAUAAAGAAAGUAAUGCCAUAUCA